CGCGCGCACGCAAAACGGCAGUCGAAUCAACGUCCAAUUUGGACGGGGAACCAACCUGUUGGAAUCUGGCUGGUAGCCUGUGUGCAUAUUUGUGUGCGUGUGUGUGUUUAUCCUUUGGAGCGAACAGGUUGCGGUUGAGGGGUUGCCGGUGGACUGGCACCAUCAUGUCGCGCUUGAGCGAAGAGGAGACGCUGGCGGCGCUGCAGGAGCUCUUGCCCAACUUUGAGGAUGAGGGCGUCCUAGAGUAUAUUGUAGGCAUGCUGAUGGAUUUUGAUCCCAGCGAGACGCCCGAUAGCAUUGCCGAGUGUGUCUCUCUCUCUCUCUUUCGCGCGCGCGCACUCGCUCUCUCUUUCUACCGCCCGGCCCUAAGUAUAUCGACUCUUGCCCAGGCAGAGCCAUACACAGUGUUCAUGCUCAGUCAUUGUCGACCCCCAUGCAGGUUCUUGGACGGCUACGUCGACGAUGACGAAAUUCGACCCCUGGUCGAUCGCAUCACAGCCCGGGUUCUGGGCCAAGACACUGCUGACGGGGCCACUCCCAGUGCGUCCGCCUCGGCUGCUCACAAUGACCACGACGAUGAGAAACGCCUCUUGCUUGCAGCUCCCGUCAUUAUGGCUCAAAGUGCCCGUGACGACGAGGCCAAGCUGGCUGCUUCUCAAGACCUGAUGACCAAAACUUAUAUCAAUACAAACGAGGCCAUGCAGUCCUGGGCUGAUGAGGACGAUGUGGCUGACAGUGUGGAGGCCAUUGAAAUGCGGGCCAAGCUCAAGAAAAAGACGGAGAAGCGUGAAAAGAAGCAGCUCAAGCGUGAACGCGUUGUGGCCCCGCGCCGCACCGCCAUGCUCGAGGCUCUCACCACCCGUCCCGUCGUCAUCCACACCGUCAUUGGCGAAGAUGGCAGCUACGGUGGUAGCCCCUGCGUGGAUCUUCAUCUAAACGACAUCAAUAUUGAUCUGGCUGGUCUGACCAUUCUGGAGGACGCCAAAGUCACCCUGGCCUACGGUCGCAAAUAUGGCUUGGUUGGCCGCAACGGUGUCGGCAAGACCACCUUUCUCAAGCAUCUGGCUGCCAAGGCCCUGGAUGGGAUUCCUUGGUACCUGCAGGUGCUGCACAUUGAGCAAGAGGUGCCAGCCUGUGAUUUGAGCCCCCUUGAGCUGGUUUUGGAGUGCGACGAAGAGCGAGCUACUCUUUUGAGGGAGCGGAACUGGAUUGAGAAGGCGUUGAAUGACGACCCCAAGGCAACCGCGCCAAAAGAAGAGACGCCCGACAUUCCCGUGAAGCCUGGCGUGGACUUGCUCGACCGUUUGGGUGAAAUUUACGAGCGUUUGGAAGAGAUUGAUGCUGACAAAGCCCCCUCCAAGGCCGCCACCAUUCUUUCGGGUCUCUCUUUUACUCAAAGCAUGAUGCGCAAGCCCAUCAAGGAAUUUUCUGGUGGUUGGCGCAUGCGUGUAUCGCUCGCCCGUGCGCUAUUCAUUGAGCCCGACAUGCUUUUGCUUGACGAGCCGACCAACCAUCUUGAUCUUCAUGCGGUGCUGUGGUUGGAAAACUACCUCCAAAACUAUGAAAACACCGUUGUGAUUGUGUCACACGCCAAAGGCUUUCUCAACUCUGUGUGCACAGACAUCUUGGAGAUGCGAGACCGCCAGGUGCAUCGCUUCAAGGGCAACUUCGAUUCGUUUGAGGAUCAAAAGUCCCACAAGAUGGUCCAGGACGAAAAAGCUCGCGAAGGCUUGGAGCGGAAGCGAUCGCAGCUGCAAAGCUUUAUCAACAAGAACAUUGGCGGUGGCGCCAAGGGCGCCAGCAUGGCCAAGUCGCGCCAGAAGAUGCUCGAGAAGAUGGCAUCCCUGCCCGACGAUGUGUCCACCGAUCCCACCGUUCGGUUCAAGAUUCCCAACCCUGGUCACGUCGCGGGUGGGUUUGGUAUCCGCUUGGUGGGCGUGGGCUUUCACUACCCAGAUGCACCAAUGCUCUUUCGCAACGUGGAAUUUUCCAUCAACCAGAAUUCGCGAAUUUGUCUGGUCGGACCCAACGGUAUUGGCAAGUCGACCUUGCUCAAGAUUGUCUACCAGGAACUGGAACCCACUGAAGGCAUGGUGACGCGCAACCAAAGGCUACGCGUGGGGCGUUUCAGCCAGCACCAUGUCGACGAGCUCAAGGACAAGAAGUCGGCUUUGGAGAAGUUUCGCGACUUGUACCCUGCAGACCCGCCAAACAAGAUUCGCAAGCACCUGGGAUCAAUGGGCAUUCAAGGCGACAUGCAGCUGCGGCCCAUCAACACUUUGUCUGGUGGCCAGCGCUCGCGCGUGGCGCUGGCCCUCAUCACGUACGAGGAGCCCCAUUUGCUCUUGCUUGAUGAGGUGACCAACCAUUUGGAUCUGGACACAGUCCAAGCCCUGAUCCACGCCCUAAUGGAGUAUCAGGGUGGCGUGAUGAUUGUGUCCCACGACGAGCACUUGAUUACAGCGGUGUGUGAUGAACUGUGGAUCAUCCAAGAUCAAAAGGUGGUCCUGUCCAAGGGUGACUUUGAGGACUAUAAGAAGGGCAUUGUUGCCCAGUUCAACCAUGGCAAGAAGAAGCGGGCUUGAUGUUUGUGCACAUGGUAAUCAAUCGGAUGAGCCUUUGGC